CUGUCCUGGACCCCAAUUUCUGUCCUGGACCCCAAUUUGUGUCCCGGGCUCCAAUUUUUGUCCAGGACCCCAAUUUAUGUCCUGGGUCCCAAUUUGUCUCCCUGUGCCGACGCCCUCAAGGUUCUGGUUUUGCUUUUCCCUCCUUUUUUUCCUCGGAUUUGCCCCAUUUGUGGUCCCCGCCAAGCCCCUGGCAGCUCCUCGCCCACCUGGGAUCCUGGACAUCCCGUGUCUCCCGGGUUUUUUUGGGUUUUUUUGGGGAGAGGUGGAUGGCUUUGAUGCAAAAAGGAGCGGGGUGGAGCAGCUCGAGGGAUAAAAUCCUGGAAUUGUGAUGAGGAAAAGCCGGGAGAGGCGGCGGGGGGGAGACCUGACGAGCAGGCUCAGCCCAGCCGUGCCACGGAUUCACCCGGGACAGGGAAGGAGAAGCAGAGGAAGGAUCCAGCCCCGUCGGAGGGAUAAACCCGGCAGGGUCUGGAUCCCUUGGGAAGGAAUUCCAGCGGGGAUUCGGCUUCCUGAGCCAGGAGAGGAGGACUCCGAGGAAGGACAGCCGCCCUGGAGGACCUGGUAGGUGCCACCUGCUGAAUCUUGGGGACAUUUAGGGACACACCGACCUCGGGAACGUUCCUUUGGCAGGGAAGAGGCCGUUACCGCGUGGAUUUGGGCAGAAUUUGACCCAAUUUGGGCAGGGAACUGCGGGGAUUUGAGUCGGGGUUUGAAUCCAGAGGUGUUCUCCCCUGGGAAAUGCCUUUCCAUGAGUCCCUCGGGGUAUUUCCCACCCCGCUUUUCCUUAGUUUGUCGUUUAAAAGCCGCGCUUGGAUUCGAGGCUUGCAGAUUCCAGGGGCAUCCUGAGCUCCUCUCGCUCCCACAGCUGGAAGACCUGAAAAAUGAGCUGGAGAAGAGGCAGGCGAAAAAAAACCCGGAGAUUUCCCACCAGGACAGCCCGGCACAGGGGCAGGAAGAGAAAAACCAGCAGCUGGUGAGGGAAUUCUGCUCUUCUGAGGGAAAAUCAGAGGGAGGGGGGCCUGUAGAGGUGGGGAAAAUUGAAUUAAAUCCCCGUGGGAGGGCUGGUGGUUCCCUAUAUUCCCGAAUAAUUCACGCCGAGCUGCCUUUCCUUUCUCUCUUCCCCCAGGAGGUGAAAAGCUCCAUCAGCAGAUGUGGGAAAGUGACUUUCCAGCUGCCCCUGGAUGCGGCUCCGGGGCCGGAAGAGCGAGUUUAUCACUUCUCGUGGAGGAGCAGUGCCCUGAAGGAAACCCUGAGGAAGCUCCAAGCCAGCGUCACCCUGGACCCCGACACGGCUCACGCCGACCUCGUGCUGUCCGAGGACGGGAAGAGCGUGCGGCGCGGAGCCGCGGGCCGCCAGCUCCCGGACAACCCCGAGCGCUUUGACUACUGGCCCUUCGUGCUGGGCCACCAGGGCUUCGUGGCCGGGCGGCACUGCUGGGACGUGGACGUGGGCGACGGCGGCGACUGGGCCGUGGGGGUGGCCAGGGAGUCGGUGCGGAGGAAGGGGCGGCUCAGCCUCGGCCCCCAGGGCGGCAUCUGGGGGCUGGAGAAGUGGGGGGGCCAGAUCCGGGCGCUGACCACCCGCAAGGUGACCCUGGUGGCCCUGCGGUGGUUGCCCCGCAGGGUCAGCGUCCACCUGGACUGCGGCGGGGGGACCGUGGCGUUUUUCGACGCCGAGGACGGGGGGCUCCUCUUCGUCUUUUCCCGCGUGUCCUUCGCCGGAGAGAGGGUCCGGCCCUGGCUCUGGGUGGUGGGGGCCAGGUCCCAGCUCCGCCUGUGUCCCUGAGGGGGGAAAAAGCGUCCCCCCCAGCUUUUCACAGCCCCUGGGUUGGGUUUGUGCUUCCUUCUCCGCCGGGAGAAGGGAGAAACCCGGGGAAAAAAAAAAAAGCGAGGCAAAAGAGAGGGAAGGAGCUGUGGCCAAGGGGCCGUGGGGCAGAGAAACGGGAAACAGUGGGAAAACGGGAGAAAUCAGGAUGGAAAGGCAAAUUUGCCCGAGGCUUGCCUGACUGGCUGUACAUAAUCCCAUCUGAGCUGGUCACCUCCAAACCAAGGGCUCCGAAUUCCUUUUUGUUUUUUUUUUUAGCCUUUUCCCCAACCUCCAAUGGGUGGAGUUGCCGUUUUCUCUCUGAAAAAGGUCCCCGUGGUGACCAGGUCUGUGGCUUCUGUGAUUUACAUCGUUAUUAAUAAUAAAAAAAGGCGUGAUUUCCCCCUCGGUGUCCCUCCUGACUGCCGGCAGUGGCUCGUGGCUUCCAGGGAGAAGGGCCGGGGCAGCCCCUGGGCCACCUGCACGGAGCUUGCGGCUCUUCCAGGCUGCAAACACCAGGAAUGGGGCUUAAUUAAACAAAAUCCCAGCUUGAUCCUCACACCCAGGAGCAGCAAACACCAAACAGAGAAGUUAAAACACGUAAAUGUCGGGUUUUUACUUCAUCCAAAGCCAGGGGAGAGGAGAGGAAAGGGAUUGGGGUGGUGCAGGACGGGGUGGGGCAGACGUGGCUCCGUUUUCAGCCGCCAGAUUUGGGGGGUGACAACUCGGGACAGCGACCCCGAGGGAUGGUCAGCAUCGCUGGGAGUGGAAAGGGGCUUCAGCAGACGCUGGAAGUCCCUGGAAGAGCCGGGAAUGGUGAAA